CACACACGGUUUUUCACCCAUGUAAUAUAUAUGCGAGCUCACCCGCUUCACUUCUCCUUCUCUUCUGUGUUAAUUUGUCAGGGCAAAGCCGAUUGCGAACACACUGAUUGAUUGCUAUACACUCUCACUACUUGAGCUGUUCAAUGGCCGACCGAGUCCACCCCCGCUACUCGCCUCCGACCACAGACACGGAGACGAUUACGCCUGACUCCUCAGGAGAAUUCUCGAUCCACCAACGCUAUCAGCACCCGUCCGCUAAGCCUACCCCGCCUCCUGGAACUUACGUCGUCCAGAUCCCCAAGGAUCAAGUCUUCCGACUCCCUCCGCCGGAGAACGCUCGACGCUUAGAGCAGCUCUCCCGCCGCAAGCCUCGCCGGGGCAGGUGUUGUUGCUGCCUAUGCGCUCUCCUAGCUGUGCUUGCCACCGUAAUCGCCAUCGCCGGCAUCGCAGCCGCCGUACUUUACCUCGUGUUUCGUCCUAAAGUGCUGGAUUACUCUAUUGACAAGGUGGCCAUCAGAGGCUUCAAUCUGACGUCAUCGACGUCGCCGAUUUCUCCGGAAUUUGACGUCACUGUACGAGCUGAAAACCCUAACAAAAAGAUCGGUGUGUACUACCUCGAUGGAAGCUCCGUCAAUGUAUACUACAACGAAGAUCGGUUGAGUACCGGUGCUUUGCCGGUGUUUUAUCAACCGUCCAAGAAUGUAACUGUUUUCGUGACGGUGUUGCGCGACUCCGGCAUCGUACUCACAAGUUCUGCGCGAAAGGCCUUAGCGGAUGAGCAAAAGAAGAAAACGGUGCCGUUCAAGGUCGGCAUGAAGGUGCCAGUGAAGAUCAAAGUGGGGUCCGUUAAAACCUGGAAAAUUACCGUUAAAGUGAAGUGUGAUGUAACGGUGGAUAAGUUAACGGCGUUUGCAAAGAUUGUGUCACAGGAUUGUGAUUAUAGUGUGAAACUUUGGUAGAAUAUUUUUUUUAAAUUGUUUUUUUUUUCAUUCUACAAUUCUUUCCGUUAGAGGAAGUUAUGAAUUGGGAUGUUCUGGUUGUGGUGGACAUGUUAUAUGAAAUGAGAACAUGAGAUUUGACAUGGA